AUGGAUCAGAACGGCUAUAACUCCUCGGCGCUGCAGCGGCCACCGCGUAGAGGGGACGAAGGAUGUGAAGAGGACCGAGACUCUCGCCCUCAUCACCACCAUCGUCACCAUCACCAUCAUCAUCACCACCGUCGCGACGGCGAUUUACCUGCAGGAGCUGUAGCUGGAGAAGCGGCGACAGCCUCAUCGAAUGCAGGCGGCGCGAAUGCGCAUCAGCACUCCACCUUUAGCCUGCGCUCACCCAAACCUGAGUACCGCCCACCUCCAUUCUCUUCUCCCAACGGUCAUAAUCAUAGUCACCACAACACCAGCACCUCAAGUGCCAACCAUUCCCUUCAAUCCCCGCCUCGCCCGGCGUUGCCCAAUCCUUACAUGUCAUCGUCCACGGGCGCACCCGGCGGACCCGUCGCUCCUGCUCUGCCACCUCCUGUAGGAAUUAAUUCAUCUUCAUCACCUGGGUCUUCGGCUGCUGGACUUCAUCAGCGUCAUCACCAACCUGGAGCACCAGCCCAUCAGCAUCGAGCUGCUCCUCCACCGGUAUCGCCGCUGCACCCUCCUGUUGCAUACUACCCUCCCGGGACGAACACGGAUAUUUAUAUACCUCCUCCCGAGCCCAAACCUGCAUCGCGAGGUUUUUACGACCCUACAACUGAUACAACAAAGGAACGUCGAAUUUCUGACGCGGCGACGCCUGGAGCCUCCUGGCACAACGCCAACGCCAACGCGCCCCCGGCUGGCACUCCGAAGACCCGCGAUCCAUACAGCUAUUCGCAAACUGCAGACCAACACACUCCUUCGUAUUACAACGGCGGCUCCUAUACAUCGCCCCGAGGUCCAUCGUAUAAUCGCCCGCGGAGCCCUCUAUCACACUCGCAUCAGAACCCUCCAGCUGGAUCGCUCAGCCCUCCGGGGCAACAACCUUUGUUGGCUUCUCCGAGUGUGAGACAUGGUACUACAGCCAACAUGAACCCAACUACUAAUGGCGCUUCUGCUAUCCCGCCUUUCAAGUCGGAUCUCGCGGCUCCAUCACCUCCCAAGCCCGCGCCUUCAUCAACGACCUCAAGGGCGAACCCUAUGUCUUUUGACAGUAUUCUCUCCAGCUCUGAGCCCGCCCCAAAGCCCAAGGAACCUUCUCCCAUAAUUGCUCGAGAACCAGAGAUCAAGGAAGAGCGAGAGCCUAGACGUGAUCGCGAAUCGAAACGCGACUCACGGGAACCCAAGCAGACAAAACGCUCCCUAGAGCCCGAACUGGAUCACGAUACCGAAGUUGAAAAGGAUGUCGAGACCGAGCCUGAACCACUUCCCAGCAGGGAAAAGGAAAAGGAGCCCGCUCCUAAGAAGCGAGGAGCCCGAAAGUCAACCAAAGGUCGCGCUUCUGAUAUCAGAGAUGCCGCAACACCGAAGAACGGUCGCAGACUGUCAGUCAAGAAAGAGUCGCCAACACCUCGUCUGCCGGCUAAGCGACAGGCGAAUGGCCAACCCAAGCCAAAGACCUGGUCAGCAGAGAUGGAGAAGAAGAUCCAGAAUGCCGAAUCAGACAUCGAAAACAGAGCCGCGAACUUGGACGCCGAUGAAUUCGACGAACAGCAAUACAAGGAGCGAGCCCAGAAGCGACGACGCGUGAUGAGCGAACUUGAUGUCGAAUAUGGCCUUUCGCGACGCGAUGCACUUGCAAACACCAUUAGUAAGAAGCUGGUGCUUCACGCCGAACUUGGUAAGCGACGGUACGAUGAUGUUUUCUACGACGAAGCGCUUCACGAGGUGCGCGAACAAGAAGUCUAUGCCGAAAAGGAACGCAAGAAGGACAUGCAGCGCAAGCGACGUCGUGAAAAGUCAAUGGCGGUUACGAUGGAGCAAAAGGAAGCAGCUCUUGCUCGUGCCGAAGCUGCUGAAGACGAGACGGAGCGUCAAAAGCAUCUCCGAGAUGCCGAGCGUGCCAGUAAAAAGGCGCAGCAAACGAAGCUCAUUUUACAGAAGGGCAUCAAGGGGCCCGCUCGUAAUCUCGAAAUUAAUUUAGAGGGUGGUACCAUGUCUUCAUUCCAAGCUUCCGACGUUGAAUCUGGGGAGGCAGGUACACCAUCAGGCAAGCGUAAGGGUAAAGGCCGCAGUGGACCUCGUCUUAAGAAAUCGAAAGAGCAGAAGCAAGCCGAGAAAGAUUCUGCAGAAGCUGCGCAGGCCGCCUUGGAUGCCGGAGAGGAGCUACCUACCAAAGAAGAGAACCGCGUUCGCAUCAAGAUCAAGAAAACCAAGAAGGAUGUUGCUGUCGACAGCGAAAAGGACAAGGACGAAGCCGAAAAGACCGAAGAAGAGGUUGUCGAGAAGAAGACCAAGAAAAGCAAGGACAAGGACAAGGAAAAGGUCGACGACAUCCCCGACAACGAAAAACGAUUCAUGUCCAAGGGUUACAACCAAAUUUAUGAUCAGAUUUGGCGUGACAUGGCCCGUAAAGAUGUCAACAAGACCUUUAAGCUUGCUGUGGAUUCUUAUGCCACCAAGGCCUCGAAUCUGAAGAAGACAGCCAUUUUGGCAUCGAAAGAGGCCAAGCGAUGGCAACUGCGAACAAACAAAGGCACCAAGGAUCUCCAAGCUCGCGCAAAACGUGUCAUGCGUGACAUGAUGGGCUUCUGGAAGCGCAACGAAAGAGAGGAACGAGACUUGCGCAAAGCUGCCGAAAAGCAGGAGAUCGAAAACGCUCGCAAAGAAGAAGCCGACCGCGAAGCCGCUCGUCAAAAGAGAAAGCUUAACUUCCUUAUCUCUCAGACUGAGCUAUACUCCCACUUUAUCGGCAAGAAGAUCAAGACCGACGAGGUGGAACGAAGUACGGAUAAUCCCGAGAUCGCCAAGGAUGCCCACCAAACCGACCAGAAGAUGCUUGACAUCGAUGAGCCUACUGGCCCGGUUAUCGGCAAGGUCACCAACUUUGAGAAUCUCGAUUUCGAAGAAGGCAGUGACGAGGCCCUUCGUGCCGCUGCCAUGGCCAACGCUCAGAAUGCCAUUGCAGAAGCCCAGAAGAAGGCCCGCGACUUCAACAACCAAGGCUUGGACAUGGACGACGAGGGCGAGAUGAACUUCCAGAACCCUACAGGUCUUGGCGAUGUUGAGAUCGAACAGCCCAAGCUUAUCAAUGCCCAACUCAAGGAAUACCAGCUCAAGGGUCUCAACUGGCUUGUCAACUUAUACGAGCAGGGCAUCAACGGUAUUUUGGCAGACGAAAUGGGUCUCGGAAAGACUGUCCAGUCCAUUUCCGUCAUGGCUUACCUUGCCGAGAAGCACGAUAUUUGGGGACCCUUCCUCGUUGUUGCGCCUGCUUCGACACUCCACAACUGGCAACAGGAGAUCGCCAAGUUUGUUCCUGAAUUCAAGAUUCUCCCCUACUGGGGAGGCGCGAGCGACCGAAAGGUUCUUCGAAAGUUCUGGGAUCGCAAGCACACUACAUACCGAAAGGAUGCGCCUUUCCACGUGUGUGUCACCUCGUACCAGUUGGUUGUCUCUGAUGUGGCAUACUUCCAAAAGAUGAGAUGGCAGUACAUGAUCCUGGAUGAAGCCCAGGCCAUCAAGAGCUCACAGAGUUCGCGAUGGAAAGCACUUCUCAACUUCCACUGCCGAAACAGAUUGCUUCUCACAGGAACACCCAUCCAGAACAACAUGCAGGAACUUUGGGCCCUGCUUCAUUUCAUCAUGCCGUCACUUUUCGAUUCUCACGACGAGUUCAGUGAAUGGUUCUCGAAGGAUAUUGAGUCACACGCACAGAGUAAUACCAAGCUCAACGAAGAUCAGCUGAAGCGUCUCCACAUGAUUCUCAAGCCCUUCAUGCUGCGGCGUGUCAAGAAGCACGUGCAGAAGGAACUCGGUGACAAGAUCGAGCUUGACAUUUUCUGUGAUCUCACCUACCGACAGCGUGCCUACUACAGCAACCUACGAAACCAGAUCAACAUUAUGGAUCUCGUUGAGAAGGCCACAAUGGGUGACGACCAAGAUUCUGGUACACUCAUGAACUUGGUUAUGCAGUUCCGAAAGGUCUGUAACCAUCCUGAUUUGUUUGAACGCGCUGAGGUCAACUCCCCAUUCGCUUGCGCCUACUUUGCCGAGACUGCGUCGUUCGUUCGCGAGGGCAACGACGUUGCUGUUGGUUAUUCAAGCCGAAAUCUGAUCGAGUACGAGCUUCCUCGUCUUGUUUGGAGGGACGGAGGUCGAGUUCACAAGGCAGGCCCAGACAGUCAGGUUGCAGGCUGGAAGAACCGAACACUGAACCAUCUGAUGAAUAUAUGGAGCCCAGACAAUAUCCGAGACAGCAGUGACGGGUCAAAGGCAUUCUCAUGGCUCAGGUUCGCGGAUACAUCUCCCAACGAAGCGUACCAGGCCACCCACCAAAGCCUGAUCGCCCGGGCAGCCAAGGAGCUUCAGAAACGUGACAGACUUGGGUACAUGAACGUGGCUUACAGUGAUACCGAGGAUGCAAAUUUUACUCCCGCCCAUGCUCUGUUCCAGAUUCGUCCCCGACAGAACCGAAAGCCUCUCGCAGAUAUCACCAAUGAAGGUAUCCUGAGCCGCCUCAUGAACGUUGCUCAAGGAGAUUAUGAUGAGUCUGGCCUCGGUCGUCUGGAACCUGCUGGCAGACCCCGAGCGUCGGCACCUCCUAUCCAGGUGUCUUGCCGCAGCUGGGCUAGUGAGUUUGAACGCAGUGAAGUUUUGUUCAACGCUCCAAUCCGCAAGAUUCUCUAUGGUCCCACAGUCUUUGAGGAGAAGGCUUUGGUCGAGAAGAAGCUUCCCAUGGAGCUGUGGCCCACCCGACAAAUGCUUCCUAAGCCUGAUCACGAAAAGAAGGGCUUCACCAACAUUAGUAUUCCUUCCAUGCAACGUUUUGUCACUGACAGUGGCAAGCUGGCUAAGCUCGAUGACCUGCUGUUCAAGCUCAAGAGUGAGGGUCACCGUGUCCUGCUGUACUUCCAGAUGACUCGCAUGAUUGACAUGAUGGAGGAAUACUUGACAUACCGCAACUACAAGUAUUGUCGACUUGAUGGUUCGACCAAGCUCGAAGAUCGACGUGAUACGGUCCACGAUUUCCAAACUCGUCCCGAAAUCUUCAUCUUCCUUCUCUCUACUCGUGCUGGUGGUCUUGGUAUCAAUCUUACAACUGCUGACACUGUCAUCUUUUAUGACUCGGAUUGGAACCCGACCAUUGAUUCACAGGCUAUGGAUCGAGCCCAUCGUCUUGGUCAGACCAAGCAAGUCACAGUGUAUCGCCUUAUCACCCGUGGCACGAUUGAAGAGCGUAUCCGAAAGCGUGCCAUGCAGAAGGAGGAAGUCCAGCGUGUCGUCAUCCAAGGUGGUGGCGCAAGCGUGGACUUCUCUGGUCGCCGUGCUCCUGAGAACCGCAACCGCGAUAUCGCUAUGUGGUUGGCCGAUGAUGAGCAGGCCGAGAUGAUCGAACGCCGCGAGAAGGAGCUUCUCGAGUCAGGCGAGUUGGAGAAGCAGCAAAAGAAGAAAGGUGGCAAGCGACGCAAGGCUGAAAACUCUGCCAGCUUGGACGAGAUGUACCAUGAAGGUGAGGGUAAUUUCGAUGAUGGUUCAAAGGGUGUCUCUGGUACAGCCACACCAGCUACGGCGGCCACUCCUGCCGAUAGUGACAGCAAAGGCAAGAAAGGUCGCAAGGGAACAAAGCGAGCUAAGACAGCAAAGCAAAGGCUGGCAAUCGCGGACGGCAUGAUGGAAUGA